UAUAAUCAAGACUUCCGGUUUGUUGCCAUGAUUCUCAUGUAUGUUUUCAAAGACUGAGUUAACGUCGCGUUUCCUGUGACGUGACUCUGAAUGAAAUUGCUAGGCUAAUGGCUAGCUGUGUAGCGCAUUCACUUAGUACAAGUUCGCCGUUGGUGACUAGAAAAUAAAUUGGACAAUAUACGUAAAGUAACAGCAAGAGACGUGCUAACUAGUGCCAUUUAGCGACAUUGUGCUAAAGAUGCGGUUACUACUUCUCCGUGGUUUCUUCUAGCUGCCUUCAAUGUCUUAAGUGGCUAACUAUCGCGGGACGAAAUCAACAUUGUUAAGCUCGUCGCCGUUCAAUUGUAACACAAAAGUUAAAUGUGUUUAUCGACUGUAUUGUAAAUGUGUGGACAAAGCGGGCUACGGCGCUGUUAGCUUUAGCAAUACUAGCAGUGGACGAGGCAGUCGGAGUCAGCUGACUGGUUUCGGUGAGCUGCUGCUGCUGCUUUUGCCGCUCGCCAUGGAUCAGCUCAAAGUCAAGGACCGCAUUCUGGAAAACAUCUCCUUCUCCGUCAAGAAGUUGCAAAGUUACUUUGCGGCAUGUGAAGAUGAGACUCCAGCCAUCCGGAACCACGACCGGGUUUUGCAGCGGCUCUGCGAGCACCUAGACCACGCACUACUGUACGGGCUGCAGGAUAUCUCGUCAGGCUACUGGGUUCUUGUCCUUCACUUCACAAGGAGAGAGGCUGUCCGGCAGAUAGACGAGCUUCAGCACAUAGCAACGAACCUCGGUCGAAGUCGUGCUUGGUUAUACCUGGCGUUGAGCGAGAGCUCUUUAGAAAGCUACCUACGCCUCUUCCAAGAGAACCAAGGACUACUACAGAAGUAUUACUUCAAGAAUGCGUUGGUGUGCAGUCACGACCACCUGACGCUCUUCCUCACACUGGUGGCCGGAUUGGAGUUCAUUCGUUUUGAUCUGGAGCUGGACGUGCCCUAUUUGGACGUGGCCGCCUACAUGCCCGAGUACUACAAACCGCGCAACCUGUUGGACUUCGAGGAAAGGCUCCCGAGCUCGGACAGUUUGUCCCUGCACUCCUUUACCUCCCUGACCUCCACCAACCUGGAGUGGGACGACAGUGCAAUCGCCCCCUCAAGUGAAGAUUAUGAUUUCGGUGACAUCUUCCCCGUGUUGCAGGCAAUGCCAAGUGCAGACUGGGAAGAAGGCGACAUGACCGACCAGGCCAGCUGCCCGAGGUCCAGCGGCUCCGACCCUCUGACCGUCAUCAGCGACUCGAUGGUCUUAACUGUCGGCAACGUCAAACUGAAGGCGGGCCCUCAUCUAUCGCCGCCAAGUCCCACAUCCAGACACAACCCUUUCAAUCACGACUCGGACGCCAACACUUCAGCCGACCUGACGCCGAUUCAUGUGGCGCGCUGUCACGUUGGCCGCGCCGGAGACGACGUCGAGAGCGCCAACAACGAGCUAGAAGUUAUUCGGAUGGCAAGACGAAGAAAAGCGAGCAAGAAACGACGUGGGAAGAGCUCCACAGAUUCCAUCAGCAGCAUCCAUAACUCCUUAUCAUCCGAGCACAUCGAAAUGGGCAGCAGUUGCCCCAACUCGGAGGAAGCCGAUUCCUUGAACUGCACUGUAAUCCACCCGGACAGGGCGGGGUCAGAGGUGGUGGCGGAAUGCGAGGAGGAUGGUGCGGAGGCCCUCCUAAGGCUUCCCGAGAUGACGGACACUUCCAUGGAUAGCGUUGGCCAACCCCUCCGGGACGUCGUCGACAGACUUAACGAGGAGGUCUGGGACCCGCCCAAGUACGACGAGGAACUACAGAGGGACGAGGGUCCCGAGCCUCCAUCGUGGCGGCCCUUUCGAGAGGACUCUGGGGGCGAGCCUCCCGACCCGGACUCGAGCCCAGACCUCCUUCGGGCCUCAGAAAACGUACUCUGCCUUACCCCCAACGAUCCAGACUCUGCUCCCCCAGGUGGUGGGCGCCAUGACCCUCCAGAGCAUUGCCAGUCACAGAUACUUUCAGGUGGCCAUGAAGAUCAAGGAGAGGCAAAAGCGCCAGCAGGACAGGGAGCAGACGUGAAGAAUGAGGAGGGAUAUGAUACAGACGAGCGGGAAACGACUUCUGUACAAGAUGAGAAGCUUAGUCCCUCGGAAAGUUCUCAUCCUGCGGAGUUUAAGGUGGACAACAACCACUUACUACUCCUCAUGAUCCACGUAUUCAGGGAGAAUGAGGAGCAACUCUUCAGGAUGGUGAGGAUGAGUACCGGCCAUAUGGAAGGGGACCUGCAGCCUCUUUACCUGCUGCUGACCGACUGUUACAUCUAUCUUCUGAGGAAAGGUGCAGCAGAGAAGCCUUACACAGUGGAAGACGCCGUUUCUUACAAUGAGCUUGACUAUAUCUCAGUGGGCCUUGAUCAACAGACAGUGACUAUAGUUUGCAUUAAUAGAAGAAGGAAGUUCCUGUUAGACACAGCUGAUGCCUCCUUGACCUUAUGGUUCUUGUCCGUUCUUAAGACGGCCAUGGUGAAGGGUUGUCGUGAGCCCCCAUAUCCUUCCAUCCUGACUGAUGCCACCAUGGAAAAACUCGCUCUCACAAAAUUUGUCUCCCAGGAAUCUCACUGCGAGGUUUCUGAAGUUUCUAUACAUCUGUAUUCACUGGUCCACUGGGAGGAUCCUAUGGAUACGACCUUGCCAAACUGGAAAUUACCUACCAGGGCUAAGGAAGGGCUGGUGCAGUACCGGGCUGGCACCACAUACCUGGGCAAGGAGCUGUGGAAAAGCUGCUACCUCGUCCUCAGCAAUGGAAUUCUGUACCUCUAUGCAGAAAGGACUGAUGCGACGCCAGUGCUCUCAGUCACUAUGGGGGGUGUAUACUGCGGGGGAUGCCGUCGUUCAAACAGCUCCGAGCGUCCGCAUGCCUUUCAAGUCAUCCUGACAGAGCGCCCCCCGCUGGAGCUCAGUGCCAAUAAUGAGCAGGACAUGGCCGACUGGAUGCAGCUGCUCUGCCAGUCGGUCUCCAAAGGAGUCAUCCCCCAAGGUGCGGCCCAAACCCCGUGUAUCCCGUGUUGCCUGGUGGUGACGGACAGCAGGCUGCUGACUUGCCAUCAGGACUGCCAGACCAGCUUCUUCCGCUCGUUGGGCAGCGCUGACAUCUGUGACGUGGAGGCCGUCAGCCUGGAGGCCGACGUGGAGUACUUUGUCAUCGAGUUUGCUGCGGAUCGUGACCGCUUUCUCCCCCCGUGGGUCUUGUACUUCAGCGGACGUGAGGAGAGAGACAGACUGCUGCGAGUGUUAGACAGCAGAUGGAGAAGCAUCUUCCAGGUGGCGCUGCCCCACAGAGAGGUGUGCGAGCCAUCCGUUCAGAAGCGCUGCAGCGAAGGGUUGGCUUUAAUGAAGAGCGCGUGGCAGCGGGCGGACAGUUUGGCCCGAGGCCGAGCGCAGCGCGAGCCUUGGUGCUGACGCACAAACACACACACACACACACACACGUAUGAACACUAUUGCCAGUGAUAGGUCAACACACUCAUUUAAGGACAAUGGUCCGCAAGCGGUGCUCCGGCAGAGCCACAUAGAAAUAUUCUAUAUGAGCGCUGGAGAAAAUGUCUUCAAAGAACUCUCGCAUGUUGACCGGCAUCACACGUGCUUUGUAGCCAUCCACAAAGGAAUGAUUUAAAGGGGGAAAAAAAGGACAACACAAAAGUGAAUAUGCUGCACAUAAUCCAUGCCUGUAGUCAUUAUUUUCCUGUUACAGACACCUUUCGUCACAGGUGUCAAACUCAAGGCCGGGGGCUACAUCCGGCCUGCCGCACCACUUUGUGGCCCACCACAUGUUUCUAACCCUAACCCUAACCUAACCAAAAAAAAAAAAAGUCCUUUGAAUUG